AUGUCAUCUCAAUUAUAUUAUAAAUUUAAAAGUGCUAAGGACUAUGACUCUAUUACUUUCGAUGGCUUAGGAAUAUCAGUAUUUGAUGUAAAAAAAGAAAUAUUAAUUGCUAAAAAAUUAAAGGGAAAUGAUUUUGAUCUCGUGAUCUCCCAUGCCGAAUCCAGUGAAGAAUAUUCCGAUGAUAAUGCGAUAAUACCAAGAAAUACACCAAUAGUGGUUCGUCGUGUGCCUACCAAACCAGGAAAAGGUACAGCAAAUCGUUAUUUGGAAGGAGCGCCAGUUACUCAAAGAAAUUAUAUGAAUGUUAAUAGAAGUGGAAAUAAUGCAACUAAUGGAUCAAUGUCAAAAAUAUUUGAACCUCCAAAUCAAACACAUCAUCUUUCUCCUUACUCAACACCUACUCCUAUUACAACAACUCAAGACUCAACUGAACAAUCAGAAGAAGAUAAAAUAGCAACUAUGUUUAAACAGACUAGUGAAUUCUGGGAAAAAACUCAAGAACAAAUGGCCUCAAAACCAGCUCUUAGAAGAUCUAAUCAACCCCGUAUUCAAAUAAAGCCACAAAUACAAAAACCUUUGCCACCAAAUUACGUAUGCUACAGGUGUGGUCAAAAAGGACAUUGGAUUCAAGCAUGUCCUACUAAUGGUGAUAGGUCAUAUGAUAAUAUGAAAGUUAAAAAGACUACAGGAAUUCCGAAAAGUUUUUUGCAAAAAGUAGACACAGUACCACCAGGGAAAGGUGUAUUAGUCACUCAGGAUGGAAAUCUAGUAAUUGCACAAGCAAAUGAUGCUGCAUGGGAAAAAUUUCAUGCUCGUCAGAAAUCAUACGUAACGUCCAACGAAGUUCUCGAAGAAAUUCCGAUACCUGAUGAACUCAAGUGUAUGAUAUGUAAUGGACUUCUUAGAGAAGCUGUUAUAACACCCUGCUGUCAAGUUUUAUUUUGUGAUGAAUAUGAACAUUUCAAAUGUCCAAACUGUAAAGAAGAUUUAGUACCAGAUGAUUUAUUACCCAAUAAAGCUACCAGAGAUGCUAAAUAUGACGAUAAAAAUAUAAGUGACGUUCCUUCAACUGAAGAAAAUGCAAACAUUAAUCUUGUCCAGGUUGAUAAUGAAGAGACAGAAGAGACAGAUCAAGUUGUGGAAUCUCAAAAAACAAAUAUAACUAACUUGAAUGAUAAAACUGAAUCAUCUGAAAAACUACAAGAUAAUUCUAAUGCUCAACAACCACAAUCAUCAUUACACUCACCAACACAAUCAUCCACACACUCACCCACGCAAUCUUUAAUGCAAUCAUCAUCACAAGUGUUACCACAAUCGAUCACACAAUUAAAUAUACAAUCACCUGCGCAAUCACCUGCGCAAUCUUCAAUACAGCAAACACAACCAAUUCCAAUUCAAACUUCAACACAUUCUACAAUGCAACCAAUUCCAACACAAACCUCAACACAUUCUGCAACGCAACCAAUCCCAACACAAACUUCUUCACAUCCUUUAACACAACCAAUUCCAAUUCAGACUUCAACACAUUCUGCACCACAACCAAUUCCUACUCAAACCUCAACACUAUUAGCACAACAUUUACAAACUUCUCAACAGAGACAUCAAUUCCCGAAUGUUAAUGGUAAACAAUUUGUACAAAACAAUGCUACUGCAUCACAAAACUUUGCAAAUUUUGGUUUUUAUGAUUAUGGAUUUGGUUAUGAUCAAGCACAAGGUUAUUGGUUCGACGAAGCUGGUUUUCCAAUGAAUAUAAAUUUGUUAAAUGGGCCUGGGUUUUAUGAUCAAACUUUUUUCGAUCCAACAUUCUUUCCAGCUGAACCAUUCCCAACACAACCACAAUUUAUGCCUCCAUUUAGGCCACCGGUUUAUGAUGAAUUUUGGGUACCCCCACAAGGAAAUUUUACUCCAUUUGGUGGAAAUAUGAGCGGUGGUGGCAUGGUAGGUGCAACCGGACUUCCGGCAUUCAGAGGUAAUAAUAAUAACUUUCGUGGAGGAUUUGGAGGGCGUGGUGGAGCAUUUCAACCUCGAGGACGUGGUCGUGCAAGAGGAACAGGUUUUUUCCAUGACAAUACAUUUUUUGGAAGUCGUGGCAAUGCCGUUGAUUAUAGAAGAGAGCCAAGUGCAGCUUUAGGAACUUUAAGACGCGAUAUACCUGAAAGAUCAGAUUAUCGUGAUGAUGAACAAAAAUAUGAUGAUGAACAACAACAAAUUAUAGAUGAUUUUGGACGUGAUAUGGCACGAAAAAAGCCAUUGUCAUCACAACAACAUACUCCUGAAAAAGAAAUUGAAAAUAGAGAAAAGCAAUCACCACUGCAUAUCUCUGAAUAUGAAAGACAUGAUAGAGAGUUUUUACCAGAAGAAAACAUCAUCAAUAAUCGAGAGAGAGAAAGAGGUCGUAGCUCAAGUCCAAAAGGAAGUAAAGAUGGAUCACGUAAAAGCUUGAGUAGACGAUCCUCACAUUAUCAUCACCAUGACGAACCACGCGAUAGCCAUUCUCCUUCAAGGCAUGAGCGCAUAAUAUACGAGGACCGACGAAAAGUUGCAUCUUCAUCUUCAUCUUCAUCAAAUAGACAUAAAAGACCUAGCCGUGAUGUUUAUUAUGACAGAAAAGAUGAUAGAAGAUAUCCAGAUGAUCGUCGAUAUCCGGAUGAUAGUAGACGUUACUAUGGUGGUUAUCAAGCCUCGACCAGUGAGCGAGUUGACCAAGAAGAACAUAAAAUCUCACAAACUCCAUCAUCGGUUGCAUCUUUACAUGCAGAGAAUGGUAAGACAGGACACCACGACUCUUAUCAUGGUUAUGAUGUAGCAAUACAUGAAGAUAUGAGUCGCAAUACAUCUAUUAAUGAUGAACAAAUUUCAAAAGGCUAUAGCCGCCAAUCGAGAUCACAAUCUCCUAAAAUGAUUCAGAAUAAUGAAGCAUUUGAAUUAGAAGACAGACCAACAACGCCACCAUCACCUGAUAGAUAUCAAGGCUCAUCGCUUGGAAGAAGACGUCAUUCUUCUUCAUCCCAUAAACACAGAAGUAAUAAAUAUCCCAAAACCCAUAGAUAUGAUGAUUCACCAGAUAGAAAAGAUUAUGAAAGAUCGACACAUACUAAGCAUCAUAGGCCUUCUUCUAGAGAUAAUAGAGAUGAGCCUUAUCAUAGAAGAAGCCACAAAGAAAAAAGGCAUUAUUCUUCCUCGUCAUCUGGACGCCAUAGUCACCGUAGAUAUCGGGACUAA